AUGAAUGUAAAUUCAGUCGAAGUGAUUGUGCCAUCCGUGAUAACAAUUAUUAAGUUAAGUUUAGGUGUCCAGCAGGCUUCCAGUUCCCCAACGGAUCUGGUCCUUUGUGGAUGUCAUGUUUAUGUCUAUCUAUCUGUCUGUCUUUUUAUUUUGCCAGAAGAAACGACUGAAAGCCGAACAGCAGCAGCAACGGCAGCAGUGGCGUCGACAACAGCGGCAGUAUCCACCAUGGAGCGGAACAGCCGGACUGACGCCAGUGGUCGGUCUGCAGCUCUCGAAAGAGCCUACGUACACGAUGUGUACGAAAAUUGCGAGGAACCGGUUGGGCACGUUCGACCAAAGGUGGCACAAUUCCUAGCAGGACUUGAGCCCGGCUCAGUGGUGUGUGACGUCGGAUGCGGAAAUGGUCGCUAUCUAACCGGCUUCAACCCCACUAUCUGUACUAUUGGUGUGGACCGGUGCUAUAGGCUAGCGAAAGUUGGACACGGCAAGGGAUCAGAGGUAGCGAUAUGUGAUAACCUGGAACUGCCCUUCAGAGACGAAUCCUUUGAUGCUGUCCUUUCGCUGGCUGUUGUCCAUCAUUUCGCCACUACAGAGCGCCGAGUCGGUGCAAUACGGGAGCUGGCACGAAUAUUACGCAUAGGCGGCCGUGUUAUCAUAACAGUUUGGGCCUUGGAGCAACGGCAUCGACGCUUUGAGUCACAAGAUGUGUUAGUUCCAUGGCAAUCACCACGUUCGAAAACUAGCCCAGAGGAAGAAGAAGACGAGGACUUCCUCCCGCCAUACCAUGCAUAUGCGGAAGAUUCAACCAACUCAAGUCGGUCGGCUGGUGAUGGGGACAGCUCCAGUUUAUCAUCCUCGUCACCUGGCGAAACAUGUUACAGUUUUGUUAAGAAAGCUCUACAGAAACUUGCCGGCAGCAAGAAGAGUCCAUGGUUUCUGGAAUCGUGGAGCUCGCGAGAAACAAAACACGAUAGUAGUUUAGAUUAUGAAGAUGCCAAGGAUCUGCCAAUUGAACUGAGACGUCUGGAGGAUUUGGACGACGUGCCGGAGCCACCACUGUCUGCUGGUCUGAAAAGCCGAAGUUUAGGUAGUAUAUUGAAUACACCACCAAAAACCAUAGUUAGAUCACGUUCAAGUGUACCAAGUUUAGGUGCUCAAAUACCUGAAUCCGAAGCAACGCCUAGUGAGCCAUCAACAUCACGAAGACCAAAGCUUGUUAAACAAAAACAAUCAUUAUGCGACGAUGUAGAUUACAAACUAUGCGAAUCAGCGCAGGCGUACCGGGAACAUAUACUACGUAACGAGUCACGAAUUCAACUGCUAAGAAAACAGAGCUCUCUAAACGAAGAGCUUAUGGCUGAAAGUAGGUUACGCGAAAAAGAUCGGAUCCGAAAACGAAUACAGAAACAAAUGUCCUUGAAUGAAUCUUUCCUUUGCCGAUCCCUCUUUACGAAACGGCUCCAAGUGAUCAAGGAAGAGUUUACUACAAAAAUCAAGACAUCCACUGGUAGCCUUGAGCGAGUGACGAAAAAUGGGUUUGUCAAGAUAAUGCAAAACAUUAAAGCUUCCGCUCAAGCUCAUCAUAGCAACACGCAUCCGCACAACCGUUCUUACGACUCGUAUGUACCCGGGUACUCGCCGUAUACUCAUGAUAGCCGUCCUGGAAGUCGCCAUCUUUCCAGAAACAAUUCCAUGAACAACAAUGGCGGUGGUAAUGGCAGCAAUGGCACCGAAAAACUCGGAGGCAUGGGAACCAGCCAAGAUGAAUCAAAGCCACGUCGUCAUUCAAGGGAAAGUGGUUCCGAAAGUUUUCGUUCCACUUUCAUUAAACGUCAACGUUUUGCGGAUUCUUCCAAGGACAGUAGCUUACAAAGUGAUACAAGCAUCGAAUCUGAAGACAGUUUUGCCUCUGUGAUCUACAUUCCGAAACCAGAACAACAACAUCAGCAACAAUAUUCUCCAGCCACUGACGGAGUUUGUUCCGGAACAACACGACUGCCUUCAGGACCUGCAUCUCCGCUUAUAAUGCCCUGCCCUACACCAGCCCAUUCUCCCGCUCCGCCACAUAUAAAUCCGGUAAACGGAGACGAUGAAUGCAGCAAGUUCAGUUUCGAAGAUGCUACACUUUUACAUAGGUUAGAUGAAAUUUCACCGUCACUAUCAUCGACAACAACAUUUGUACAAAGCACAUUUAGCUCUAAAAUUAAAUUACUUAAAUCCCCGCCUUCAAAUGCUUUGGCCUGCACGAGUUCAACGAUUUUAACUGCUUCCAGUAACAACAAAACAACAACAUCUAGCAAUAGCAAUGCUUGCUCCCCCGGUGGCAGUAUAUCAACGACGGAUGCAAACCCUCCGGUGCAGAAGAUUACACGCCAACAAAUUAAAGAUUUGCCACCAAUUCCAAAAUUUCGGAAGAGUGGCAAUUAUCCGAUACUGCGCCGACAGUCCUCCACUAGCACAGCGGCUCCUGUAGUGCCAAAAUUACUUUCACUAGAAUUGUUCAACCCUGAAACGGAUGAUUUGGACAGUGAUUAUAGUGAACCAUCAUCGCCGGAUUCAAUCGAUAGUGUAAUAAGCGCCUUACGACCGUCAGGGACCUCUGAGUUGGUUCCCACUAACCAGCAGCCUAGUCAUCCGGCAGCAACAACUAUUCCUCCGCUGGUUGAAGCAGCCGCUGUCGUUGCCCACAAGCUAGAAGAUGCUGUUGAAUUGGUAAUUCGAGAAAGCGAAAACAAACCGAGAGUUCCAAAUGCAUCAUCUGAUUCGCACAACAGUACAGAUGAUCCAGAUCCCGAUGAUACUUCCUGUAGGCAGCACUUGGUGGAUUUCGCAGAAAAAUUGAGUGCUCAAUUACUAAAGGAACUUGAAAAUGAAAAAGAACAACGAGGAGACAGUUUUGAAGAGAACGAUGAUGAAAGUUGUGACAGUAAAUUUCAAAAUAAAGCGCUUUCACUUGCGGAUGCGCAGCCGUACUUGAAGAAGCUAAAUGGAGAUAUGAGAGACUUGAAUCAACUGCGAGCUGAGCUCCGGGAACGAAGGCUCAUGCUUGCAAACUUGAGUCAUCUAGGGAUGAACGGCUUAGGGGGAAGCAACGAUUCAUUAGGGCCCAGCUACGGGUCUUCAAUGACACCAAUCAUCCAAGAGGAAUCAGACGACGAUGACGAGCUUAUCGAUCCGUGCGACUUCCAACCAGAUGAUUUUGAAAACUGCAAUGAAAUGCGGGGUGCCAAGUUGAAUCUAACAAAAAACGAUGAAUUUGUAAUUAUUCCAGAAUUAGACGAAAACGAUGCUGACAUAACAACAAACAACACAGCUUUACUGAUACAGGAAGAGGAGAGCUCAGUGGAGCUUCCUCAAAACAUUGAUAUAGAAUUUCUAGGCGAAAGUAACAGUAACAAUAAUAGUACGAAUGAUAGUCAUUUAACUAGCAGUAGGCAUAUUUUACCUCUCAAAACUAUCAAUUUGAGCUCCACUCAGUUGAGUGUAAAUAUAGUAAAUUCGCAACAACAUAACAAAUCGGAAGCUAAUUUCACCAGCGGAUACUGUUCGAGCAGUCAACAAUCCACGUCACAACAAGAAACCACAAGUAUGGGAGGAGCCAACGAAACUAAUAAUAACAAAAAAAUGCCUAGCACCAAUAAAUCAUCGAUCGAAUCUCACAAUAGUGUUGACUCUUGGGCCCAUUCGACUAGUUCGGCCUCGUUGGAUAGCCCCUCAGUCGGGGGCGCGGCUACACACCAUCGGUAUUAUCACGUCUUUCGUGAGGGUGAAUUAGAUGCGCUUAUCAACCAUCAUGUGGCCAGUUUGCAUAUUGUGUCGUCCUACUACGAACGAGCCUCGUGGUGUGUAGUUGCCGAAAAAGUUCAAGUUUGGACGAUAUAA